GAGAGAGAGAGAGAGAGCAGUGUAAAUCUCUCCCUCACCGUGCCUCCUCUUCAUUCAUGUUUUCUUUGUCCUCCUGUAGCUCUUCCUCUUCAUUCUCCUCCUCCGCCAUGCUCUCUCACCGGUACUCACCGAGCAGCUCCGCCGCCGUGCAGAGUGAGACCUCCGGCUCCUCUGUUCCUCCGGCUGCGGUUUACGGAGUACCACACAAGUUCGACCCCUCCUUCAGAGGUCCAGUCCGCAGAAGGAGCUGCACUGAUGUCUUAUGUUGCUUGAUCUUCAUCAUUGUCAUCCUUGCAUAUGUAGCCCUGGGGAUAGUGGCCUGGCUUCAUGGCGACCCGAAGAAGGUUCUUUAUCCUACAGACAGUUACGGUCAGUUCUGUGGUCAGAGGGGAACCAUCAAUGAGAACAAACCCAUUUUAUUCUACUUCAACAUCCUGAAAUGUACCAACCCAGCUAUCCUCAUCAACCUGCAGUGUCCCACCACACAGAUGUGCGUGUCGAGGUGCCCGGACAGGUUUGCCACGUACACCGAGAUGCGGCUGCAGCACAAACUGAGCAGGAGUUACUGGGAUUAUUACAGACAGUUCUGUAAACCGGGAUUUAAUAAUCCAGACAAGCCCGUGUCUCAGGUCCUCAGAGAUGAAGACUGUCCCUCCAUGAUCGUCCCCAGCAGACCCUUCCUGCAGAGGUGUCUCCCAGAAUUCAUCACUCUGAACGGGUCGGUGACUGUGGCGAACAGGACGAGGUUUAAAGACGCUCUGGAGAUGCCUCGUAGUGUCACUGAACUACAACACGCUGCCAAAGGUAUAACAGGACUCUUGGACACAAAGGAACUCGGUCUGAAGAUAGUGGAGGACUACGCCAAGUCAUGGGCCUGGAUACUAAUAGGUCUGCUGCUGGCCCUGCUCAUCAGUCUGAUCUUUAUCCUCCUGCUGAGGUUCACCGCUGGCGUUCUGCUCUGGACCACCAUCAUCAUCGUCCUCCUGCUGCUCACAUACGGUAUGUGGUUCUGCUGGAUGGAGCUGAGCCGGCUCAGAGACAGUCCAGGAUCUGACGUGGGUAUCAUGGAGGUGGGUCUUCAGUCUGACCUGCAGGUGUACCUCCACCUGUCACAGACCUGGAUCAUUCUCUUUGUGUCUCUGGCAGUGUCUGAGGCGUCCAUCUUGUUGAUGUUGAUCUUCUUGAGGAGGAGAGUGAGAGUGGCCAUCGCUCUGCUCAGAGAGGCCAGCAAAGCGAUGGGUCACAUCCCGACCACUCUGUUCUUCCCGGUGGUCACCUUCCUCCUGAUCACUGUGUGUAUCUCAUACUGGGCCACCACUGCUGUUUACCUGGCGUCCUCAGGUGAACCCGUCUACAAAGUGGUGUCUCCUAAUGCUAGCUGCUCCCACGCCAACUCCACCUGCAGCCCUGAGACUUUUAACAGAUCAGGCGUCUCCUCCUCUCCUCCGUGUGCUGGCUCUCUCUGUCUGUUCGCCUUCUAUGGAGGAGAGACAUCGUACCACCGUUACCUGUUCGUCCUGCAGCUGUCCAACCUGCUCGUCUUCCUCUGGCUGGUUAACUUCAGUCUGGCUCUGGAGCAGUGCACAUUAGCCGGGACCUUCGCCUCUUAUUAUUGGUCCAGGAGGAAACCUGAGGACAUCCCACCGUGUCCUCUGUUCUCGUCGUUCACCAGAACAGUCAGGUAUCACACAGGGUCUCUGGCGUUUGGAGCUCUGAUUCUCUCCAUGGUCCAGCUGGUCCGGAUUGUUCUGGAGUAUUUGGAGCAGAAACUGAGAGGUGUGAACAACAGCGUGUCUCGGUUCAUCAUGAUGUGUCUGAAGUGCUGCUUCUGGUGUUUGGAGAGAUUCAUCCGCUACCUGAACAGAAAUGCUUACAUCAUGGUGGCGAUCUACGGUAAGAACCUGUGCACGUCAGCCAGAGAGGCCUUCUUCCUCCUGAUGAGGAACAUGGUGAGGGUUGCAGUUCUGGACAGAGUGACAGACUUCUUGUUGUUUCUGGGUAAAGUUCUGAUUGCAGGAGGAGUCGGUGUGGUUGCUUUCUUCUUCUUCACCACGAGGAUUCCUGUUUUUCAGGAGCGAGUCCCCGAUCUGAACUACUACUGGGUCCCUCUGCUGACGGUGGUGAUUGGCUCGUACCUGAUUGCUCACGGUUUCUUCAGCGUGUACGCCAUGUGUGUGGACACACUCUUCCUCUGCUUCUGUGAUGACUUGGAGAGGAACGAUGGGAGUUCAAACAAACCUUUCCUCAUGUCUCCAGAGCUGCAUAGAAUUCUGGGUAAAUCCACUCAGAAUCGAUGAUGUUUUUCCUUCGUCCAAUCAGCUCUCAGUCUCCCCACAGAUCACUUUACCAUGUCCUGGUGAGGUCAGGCUCCCAGCACUGAUGAAACAUGAGCCUACUGUUCAAGAGUCUGAUGGAUGUUUAAAGUUUCUGUAAAUCUCAC